AUGACGAACCACUGGAGCCAAGUCCCCGGCCUCGAAAACGAUGGAGGUAUUCCAAAUGAUAGGCGAGCCCGCCAUGAGCAUGACGUUCGUGUUCAUUGCGAGAAUGGAUACUCUCUCCCAUACACGGCCGGUAGCCACGUCUUGGACUACAUUGCUCCGGACAAGAAAGACCAAAAGCGUACCGUGGAAGAGCACUUGUUGGCCAUUAUGCGCGACACUCUCAAGGCCGCUACUGAGGCAGAGUAUGGCAGACCUUGGGCAGGGGAGAAUCUUCCGACAGACUAUUUCCAUGCUGUGGUGCACUAUUGUCAUACUCGGCACAGCUAUCCCGAUUCUCUGAUAAAGCAUGCUGGGAACCUGGGCCCUCAGCUGGAGUGCUUGGAAAAGCUGAUCUCCGGAUGCCAAUACUAUGCCAGAAGGGCUGUGUUUACGACGGGUCUGACGGAAAUCGCCUUGAACCUGGCGAAUUUGGCGCCGGCAACAGUGGGCACGCCUGGCUUCACCCUCCAUCCAGCCAACGCAUCAGUGGUGCCUUACAUGCUGCAGCCACCCUGGCUUCGGAUCAACCAGAGCGAAACGAUCAAGGACCGCGAAAACUCAUGCUGCCCAGGCCAUUGCAUGGAGCCGUCUUGCAUACAAUACUGCUUCAACGCCAUGGUCGAUUUUGUCGACAGAGUUCGCCACCCUUAUGCCUCACUGAGACAGGACCAGGUCAAUGAAAACUUGGAGUCCGGCGGUGCUGGACGCCCAGAUGACUUCUUGUACUUGGGUGGUCUCGCGCCAGCCUACAUGACGGCUGCACUCAUGCUCAAGAGACUGGUUGGGCCGCUGACCACGUUCACCCAUGCCAUCACCAUUCUCGCCGGCUUUUGCAGCUGCCCGUCCACGCUUGAAGAGCAGGCAAAGCUCCCUAAGCUUCCAUAUUCCCAGCAUAGCCCCGAGGGAGCUACUGCGUGGGGGAUCGCAUAUCCUGCCAAAGAAGUAGCUGUCAAGGCCUUGAUUUUUGAGCCAUAUGGAGCACCAAACUGGGGCCGUCGGUCUUAA